UUGCCCUCGACCGGUUCGUUUGCCCUUUCACUCGCCUAGACUCCUACUUUCUGAAUCAAAUCUUUUGUCCUUUGUGAUUUUUAAGAUUCCUUAAAAAAAAAAAUCUAAAAUAGCUUUCAUCGGAUAAGAGUUGUGAGAGAAAAUGAAUCACUCAGUUUCCGACCAAAGCCUCUACGUCGAGAGCGAUGACGAAGAGAACGAGAGAAAAAACUUGUCUGAAGAAGAAGGAGAAGAAGACGAUGGAGCUUUCUCUGAUUCUUCUGAUGCUUACAAUCAAAGCCAGCAUCACUCUAAAGCUAGCCCAUACUCAACGGCAUGGCCAAAGAGUUACAGACAGUCGAUUGAUCUGUAUGGAAGUCUACCAUCUCCAAGUCCUGGUUUUCUUGGUAAUUCUUCAUUGUCAAGAUUCGGAAGCUCUUUCAUGUCAUUAACAAGAAGACACACUCCAGAAACAUUACCUGCUGUUACAAAGCCUCUGCUAGUAGAUGAAGAAGCACCGAAGCGAAAACGUAGCUCUCCUUACCUGCUUCCCUCAUCCACAGUGUCUCACGAAAUCGGAAUCUCCAAUGAUAGCUCAUUUGGACAAGCUGUUCUUAAUGGAGUGAAUGUUUUAUGUGGGGUUGGAAUAUUGUCAACACCAUAUGCGGUGAAGGAAGGAGGAUGGUGGGGACUUAUCAUUCUCUUUGCAUUUGGCAUUCUCUGUUUCUACACUGGUUUGCUUUUGCGUUACUGUCUCGAUAGCCACCCUGAUCUUCAGACUUAUCCCGAUAUUGGCCAUGCAGCUUUUGGUGCCACCGGUCGCAUCCUUGUCUCCAUAAUACUCUAUUUGGAGCUAUACGCUAUGAGUGUUGAAUACAUAAUUUUGGAAAGGGACAAUCUUUCAUCAUUAUUUCCAAAUGCUGCUCUAAGCAUUGGAGGGUUUCAUUUAGAUGCGCCUCACCUAUUUGCCCUGCUUACCACCCUCGCUAUUCUCCCCACCGUUUGGCUUCGAGAUCUCAGUGUACUAAGUUACAUUUCAGCUGGAGGGGUGGUUGCAUCAGUUUUAGUGGUUUUGUGCUUGUUUUGGGCCGGUUUGGUUGAUGAAGUUGGGAUUCAGAGCAAAGGAACUCCUCUGAACCUAGCAACAUUACCGGUUUCUGUAGGACUCUAUGGUUACUGUUACUCAGGACAUGGUGUUUUCCCUAAUAUCUAUACUUCAAUGGCCAAACCUUCUCAAUUCCCUGCGGUUCUCUCGACAUGUUUUGGGAUUUGUACUUUGAUGUAUGCUGGUGUCGCUGUUAUGGGAUAUAGCAUGUUUGGAGAAUCAACAGAAUCACAGUUUACUCUCAACAUGCCUCAAGAUUUGGUUGCAUCUAAGAUUGCUUUGUGGACCACAGUAGUCAAUCCAUUUACCAAAUAUGCUUUGACGUUAUCUCCAGUCGCAAUGAGUCUUGAGGAGUUGUUACCAUCAAACCAUGGAACGUCACGUUUCUAUGUAAUUGCUAUUAGAAGUGCAUUGGCCUUCUCUACUCUCCUCGUUGGUCUUGCGAUUCCCUUUUUCGGCCUUGUCAUGUCAUUGAUUGGAUCAUUCUUGACAAUGCUCAUUACGUUGAUACUACCCCCUGCUUGUUUCUUGAGCAUCUUAAGGACAAAAGUAACACCUAUACAGGUGACGAUCUGUAUCUUAAUUAUCACAGUAGGAGCAGUUUCUUCAGCUAUCGGGACCUAUUCAGCCCUUUCAAAGAUCAUUGAGAAGUUAAACACCUAAAAAAAUGAUCACUUAUUUUUCCUAAAAAUUGGUAAAAAUAUGUGGAUAAAAUGAUGGAUUUUGUAUUCAAGUUUUAUUUUAUAGUAACUAUUCAAGUUUUAAAACCUGAAAAUGGUUCUCCAUCUACAUCUUGUUCUCGAUUAGUGAACUUUUAAUUUGAUGGUAACAUCGAAGACCAAAGUGGCAAUUUGAGUAGAAUAAACAAAACCGGGGUUAAAAGAUGUGAAAUCCUAGCGGUUACAAUAGUAAAAAAAGCAAAGAAGAGCUUGCUCUAUUCACUGGACAUCUUUUCUCCAGCUAAGUCUUCAACUGUAAGGUUGAGAGAAUCCAUGGAUCCUUUCUUGAAUUCUUCACCACGAGCAGCAAGAAACUCCUCCACGCUUCCCGGUUCUCCAAACCAACCACGACGGUCUGCAAUCAAAUGCAGAUUAUCACAACCUUCACAACGUACCACCACAACGCCCUUCUCGUACGAUUCUCGGCUCGCCAUCUUCAUCGAUCUCGUCUCACAGACCUUGCAAGUAAAGACCAUCAUGAAGUCGUGCCUCGGGUUUAUUUUCAACUGGGAAUUGUAUUUCACAAUCAGCUCCUCAGAGGCCGUUGCAGGAGAAGGAGCUUUGUCCAGUUCAGCAGCAGAGUGUGAGGAGUUGCAGCCAUUGGUUAAUGAAGCUUCACUAGCCUGACGGGUUACACAAAAUUGUCUCUGAAGUAAUCCCCCAUAUGCAUAAUCUCUGCCGAAGAGUGACUUCGAUUGCGAAAACUUAUCUGCAGAGACAAAGGAAUCCGAUGUCUUUGGUUAUUGCAAUAGAGAGAUAAAGCGCGCCUCAAACUGAGAAACCUAGCAGCCAUUGAUGAGACUUGGGUUGUUCUUCGGCGACAAGUUGAUUGAGAGGAGAGAGGAGCUGAACGCUUCUAUGAAACCAGAAGUUAAA